GUCAUCCCACAUGGGAGAGGACCACUGGAGUGGCAGGCCAUGGAAAACAGGACCACCAGCCUAGGCCCUGGGCAGCCAGGGAAAGACCAGGUUCCAAAGCGGGUGUGCUAUGGAAGGGCGCUGAGGGAGGCAGGGCCUCAUCCUUGCUCCCUGGUACCAGGACUUCCUUUUGCCCUUGGCUGUUGGCGGGUAAUGGGGCCAAGAGAAGCUGGAGCAAAGAGCUGCUCCAGUAUAGGGAGGGGAGGAAGAAGGACAUUCGUUCAUCCUUGCCUGUGGCUGAAUCCAGUUUUGGGGACAGGGAAUUUCCUGGGGUAAAUUAAGUAGGGAGCCUGAUGGAGAAUAAAGGUUUUUUCAUGGAUUCUGCACCUGGUUGCAUUCAUCUUCUGCCUCUGUUCAGCAUAGAACGGGGCCCUCCUGUUCCUUUUCUGCUGGCAUGCGGCAUCUUCCCCGGGGUAGGCUGGGAGCCACAGUCCAGGAGGCAGAUGGGCCAUCCUUGAGAACAGUCCCCAAAGCUGAUCAUCCUUUGAGCUCAGCCCUUGGGCUGCGGAGUGGCAGGAAGCUUCUGGGGCUCUUCCCUCUAUCCAGGAUUAGAACAUCUGUGCUUCGGUGCGUUCUCCACCACUUUCUCACUGAGGCCCAUGGUCUUCCAGUGUAGUGAUCAGAGCCCCCCAGCUCCCAGGGAGGCCCCACCAAGGGCCGAGGGCCGGCUGUAUGAGACCCUGAAGGCCAACACGUGCUCCUGCAGUCUCUCUUCCUUUCUUGGUGAAGGUUUGGGCAGGACGCCACUUCUGACUGGCACUGCUCCCAGCCUGCCUCAGUUGCCUGGCAACGGCUCCGCGUCUCCUGCUGAGGACACACGAUGGCGGGUGGUAGCAAUCCAGCAGCCAAGAGGGUGGUGAUAUACCGGAACGGGGACCCCUUCUCCCCAGGUCGCCAGCUGGUGGUGAGCCAACGCCGCUUCCCCACCCUGGAGACCUUCCUCCGCGAGGUGACCUCGACUGUGCAGGCCCCGGUGGCUGUGCGGGCCCUCUAUACGCCUCGGGGUGGCCACCCUAUCACAGACCUGGCCGACCUGCAGAACGGAGGGCAGUAUGUGGCUGCUGGCUUCGAAAGAUUCCGCAAGCUGAGCUAUUUACCCCCCGGACAGAAGGAUCCAGGUGGGAAGAGCAGCAGACUACCAGGUCCUCCCGUGACUCACCACCCAGAGGAUGGGACCCUUGGACCGCGACCACUUGCACGUUCCCCCUGCUAUAUUCGUGUGUUCAGGAAUGGGGACCUGGUAAGUCCCCCAUUUAGCCUUAAGUUGCCCCAGGCUUCUGGCGAGGACUGGGAAGCCGUGUUGAAGCUCCUGACUGAGAAGGCCAAACUGCGGGCCGGGGCUGUGUGCAAACUCUACACCCUGGAGGGGCUCGCAGUGUCAGCAAGAGAUGCUCUGAUGCAUGGCCAUUAUUAUGUGGCGGUUGGAGAGGAGGAAUUCAAGGCCCUCCCCUAUCUGGAGCUGCUGGUGCCCAGCCCCUCUCUGCCCAGGGGCUGCUGGUAUGGACGUGUGAGGUGGCGGAAGUGGGGGGUGGUGGGCAGCAGGGUAAAGCAGAGGAAGCCACCCAGAUCCCAUGCCUGCUCUGCUUACAAGCCCUUUUUCUUCAUUGCAGGCAACCCCCAGACCCAAAGUCUAAGCCCCACAAGCCGCAGCUCCCACAAGCACCCGGGGCAUUCAAGCUUGGCCUGGCAGGAGAGAAGACAAGAACAAUCAUCACCCACAGUCCAAGCCCAGUAUGCCCUCUACAGGCCCAGGGCCACAGGGCGCAGGUGCCCCAGCCCUCUCCAAAAGAGCCAAGCCCCACUGAGCCAUCUGCCUUCUAUGCCAGACCCCAGCAGGCCAUUCAGCCAAGCAGCAGGCUCCCCACACUCUCGUUUCCAUCAGGAGUCAAGGGAGUGUAUGAGGCUCCCCACCCGAGGAAGGAGACCGCAGGGGCCCAAGAAGUGGCAGAUGAUGAAGACACCUGCACGGAGGAACCCUUGGAUCAGAGGACAGCACAGAUGGUGGAUGAGGCCCUGGGCCUGGAAAAGCAGCCUGGGGCUGGGGCAGCAGUCUCAGCCUCAACCCCGUCUCUGCCAUCCUGGGAGUCAGCAGCUCCGGUCAGGAACUGGGGCGGCCACCCUGCAGCCUGUUCCAGGGGACCCAGCACCGCCCCUGGGCUCACAGGAUACCUGGCAGCCCCCUCGGCUCCACCCCACUCUUCUGCUCCUAAAUCUACAGCCCGGUCUUCUCUUCCUUCUGAGCUGGGCAGCCCUAGCCGUGGAGGCCAUGUUCCCAUGGGGUUCUCCAGCCAGAGACAGGAGGAGCGCGCUGAGCUUGGGGGAGAGGCUACAACCAUGGGAGCAGGUGUGCUGUGCUAGAAGAGUACUCGCUGUCCUCCAUCCAUUCCGUGCAUAUUUAUUUGAGGCUACCCCUCACCAGUCACCAUGACACAUGGCAGAAG